AUGAAACCAGCUCAGCUCUUUACACUCGCUGGAGUAUUUUUACCAGGCAGUCUUGCUUGUCUCGAGCAUCUAUUGCACGAGCGAACACCAGACCCCAAUGACAUGGUCCGAAGACAAGAGUCUGCACCACGAACAAAGACUGCUAUCAAAAAUGUUCGCGUAUUUGAUGGCGUCAAACUCACUGCUCUUCAAACUGUCAUUAUCGAUGGCGAGAAUAUCAGCAACGACACAAGCAAUAUCGUGACCACAGUUGACGGCAAUGGAGGCGUACUAAUUCCUGGUCUGAUUGACAGCCAUGUCCAUAUAUCUAGUAUCGCUGGCUUAGAGAUAUUGGCUUCUUAUGGAGUCACCACCGCCAUCAACAUGGCAUGUCGAAACUACACUCAAUGCGCCCCUCUCCGUGAUGUAGAGGGCGUGGCAUCGUUCAUCUCAGCCGGUAUACCAGCUACUGGACCCGGCAGUCAGCACUCCAAGACAUUCAAUCUUACUGCGCCGUACCUCAUUUAUCCCGACCAAAAUGCCACAGAGGUCGUAUCCUACACCUUUGGCAACAACUCCGACUUUUACAAGAUCACUGCCGAGACUAAUGGUCCCAGCCAGAGCAUGCAAAAUGCUCUUGUUGACGCUGUUCACAAUCUUGGCAAAUUGUCCAUGACUCAUGCUUCUGAUCUCAAUGCUUGGACACAAGCUGCCAUCUCGGGCACAAACGGCAUUCAACAUAUUCCUACAAAUGGCCGUAUCAACGCUUCCAAUAUUCUGACCGUUCGGAAGUCUUCCACUACCUGGAGCACUCCGACUAUGAAUAUUGCUCGAUACGCCUUUUCCAACGUCGAAUUAUUGACUUUUACAGGCCACAAGGUUGGUGGGCCAGAUAACUAUCAAAAUGUUUACGACAACGUCAAAGCCAUUCAUGCUGCCGGCAUACCCAUCUUGGCUGGCACAGACUCCGUCGGAACAGUCACCGCCAACAUCUCUAUACCGUGGGGACUAACUCUCCAUUUUGAGUUGGAAAAUCUGGUCGAGGCCGGAUUAACUCCACUCGAAGCUCUUCGAGCAGCAACCAUACUCCCUGCUCAGCAUCACCAGUUGACGGACCGCGGCCAGAUUACACCUGGUAUGCGGGCUGACUUGGUUUUACUUAACAGCAACCCGCUGGUCAACAUCUCCAACACUAGAGAUAUUGCGAGGGUC